AUGAUUGAUAAAGAUCUAAACCCAAGGUAAUAUUAUAAUUCCUAAAAUAGUUGUGAAUAUAAACAUUGUAAAUCUUUCUUUUAAUUGAAUUAUACUUAAAUGAAAUGGAAUUCGACUCCAUUACCUUUUGAAUUCACUUCUUACUAAUAUAGAGAUAUAGUAAAAUUGAAAGAAGGUGACUCUUUUAAAAACAGAGAUCUAAGAGUUUAUGAUAAUUUUCUAGUCUAUGAAGAUUAAGUAAUCUUAUCAUCAAAUAUAGAAUCGAUCCUUUUGGUUAGACUAUGAAAAUUGUAUAAUUGAUUAAAUACAUGAUCAAAAAGGAAUACGCCUUGUUAAAUGUUUUGAUUCAGUUGAGUUUUAUUGUGAUACUUCUUCUUAAUGGUUCAAAUUACUAAAAAGACAUACAAUUUAAAGUGAUUUUUUAAAGUACUAUGUACUCAUUAAGAAAAUUAGUAAGGGUAGAUUUACAGAAGUAUUUAUUUAUUAAAUUAUCAAUAGGUUUAUAGAGCUAAAUGUCAUUCUGAUGGAAAUGAUUAUGCAGUCAAAAUAUUAAAAAAAUCAUAAAUCAUAGAGGAAGCUGACUUAAUUGCUUUAUUCAAAGAAAUUAAAAUAUUAAGAGUUGUUUAAACUGAAUUUUGUGUUAAAUUUUAUGAAAUCUUUGAAAGCACAGAAAAUAUUUAUAUUAUAAUGGAACUACUCAUAGGAAAAGAUUUAGAUGGACAUAUAGAAAAAACUUCAUUUUUUUCAGAAGAAAAAACAGCAAAAUUUAUAUUUAGAUUAAUCAAGACUAUUUCAUACUUACAUUCUAAAGGUAUUAUGCAUCGAGAUAUCAAACCCGAAAAUAUUAUAUUUAGAUAAAUUGAUAACAUUGAAAGUGCAUGUCUUACAGAUUUUGGAUUAUCUGAUUUUUAUCAUAGUGAAGGAUUUUAUCUUUUCAAAAGAUGUGGAACUCCAGGUUAUAUUGCACCAGAAAUAUUAAGAAAUGAAAAUUAUGAUUAUAAAGUUGAUGUUUAUAGUGUAGGAAUUAUUAUGUAUUAUGUUUUAACUGGAAAAAAUCCAUUUGAUCAUCCUAAUCCAAAAUAAAUUGUAGUAAAUAAUCAAUAAGGGUAUAUUAAUUUUCAUGAUUGUAAAUUGAGUAAUGCAGGAAUAGGAUUUUUAACAUAACUAUUAAAUGAAGAUCAAAAUGAAAGAUUAUCAUCGCAUGAGGCACUUAAUCAUGUUUGGUUUCAAAUAGAAAAGGUUUCUAAAAUAAGAUAAUAUGUUAUAAAAAAGAAGAUUGAAUCUAAAAAAAAUUUAUCUAACAUUUUAUAGCCAAAACAACAUUUAAUGCAGAAAUAUAAAAUAGGUAAUCUUAGUCCAAAUGGAAAAUUAACUCUUACAUAAAUUUAUUCACCUUAUCAUAGUAGACAAUUAUCAUAAAAGGAUUAAUUUUCUAAGGAUCUGUCUAAUAACUUUAUGCUUACUAAUAGAUUAAGCUUAGAAUUUGCCUAAAACAGAAUAUAACCACUUUUUAUUUCUAAAUUAAAAUGA